AUGGGAUCCAUUGUGCAAUCCACUCUACCGCCCGAUUUCCUUUGGGGCUUCGCGACCGCUGCUUAUCAAAUUGAGGGUGGUGCUAAUGAGGAUGGUCGUGGACCUUCGAUUUGGGACAAGUUCUGCAAGAUCCCUGGCAAGAUCGCUGGUGGCGGUUCCGGAGAUGUGGCGUGCGAUUCUUAUCACCGAACCCACGAGGAUAUUGCCUUGUUGAAGGCAUGCGGUGCUCGGGCAUAUAGAUUCUCGAUUUCAUGGUCUCGAAUUAUUCCACUUGGUGGCCGGAAUGACCCCAUCAACAAAAAGGGUGUACAGUUCUAUCAGAGAUUUGUCGAUGAUCUGCACGAUGCAGGAAUUACGCCGAUGGUCACACUCUUCCAUUGGGAUGUCCCUGAGGAAUUGGACAGACGCUACGGUGGGCUUUUGAACAAGGAAGAAUUUGUCGCGGACUUUUCGCACUAUGCCAGGGUCAUGUUCGAGGCCUUUGGCUCCAAGGUCAAAUACUGGAUCACAUUUAAUGAGCCAUGGUGUAGCAGUGUUCUCGGAUACAACACUGGGGCCUUUGCACCAGGUCAUACGAGUGACCGAAGCAAAAGUGAUGUUGGCGACGGGUCAACAGAGCCAUGGAUUGUGGGGCACAAUAUUUUGAUUGCACACGGAGCAGCAGUCAAGAUCUACCGUGAAGAAUUCAAAACACAGGACGGUGGUGAAAUUGGCAUCACCUUGAACGGCGACUGGGCAGAUCCAUGGGACCCAGAAAACCCAGCCGACGUUGAAGCGUGCGAUCGCAAGAUCGAAUUUGCUAUCUCCUGGUUCGCUGAUCCCAUUUACCAUGGAAAGUACCCAGACAGCAUGAUAAAGCAACUGGGCAAUCGACUGCCAAGCUGGACUCCAGAAGAGAUUGCGCUGGUUCAUGGUAGUAAUGACUUUUAUGGAAUGAACCACUACUGUGCCAACUUUAUUCGCGCCAAAACAGGAGAGCCCGAGCUUGAUGACAUUGCAGGAAACCUGGAGCUUCUCCUCGAAGACAAAAAUGGCCAGAGUGUUGGCCCUAUCACACAGUCCCCUUGGCUCAGACCGUGCGCAAUAGGAUUCCGAAAGCUGCUAAAGUGGCUUAGUGAGCGCUAUGGGUAUCCCAAGAUCUAUGUGACAGAAAACGGAACCAGUGUGCUAGGUGAGAAUGAUAUGCCUCUCGAGCAGCUCCUAGACGACGAGUUCCGUGUGAAGUAUUUCCGAGAUUACAUUGGCGCCAUGGCUGAUGCAUAUACCCUUGACGGGGUUAAUGUCCGUGCUUAUAUGGCUUGGAGUCUGAUGGACAAUUUUGAAUGGGCGGAAGGUUAUGAGACUCGUUUUGGUGUGACCUACGUCGACUAUGAGAAUGACCAGAAACGUAUUCCGAAGAAGAGCGCAAUGACUAUCAGGACUAUUUUUGAAACCCAUAUCGAGAAGGUGUAA